CCCCCGCGGGAGCGGCAGGGCCCGGCCGGCAGGGCCUCCGCCAGGAACGGGAACACCGGGAGCACGGGCAGUAACGGGAGCAACGGGAACGGCGCGGCCGAGCCUGGCCCGGGGCCCGCCCCUGCCCCCGUCUGGGGUCCGCGCGGCGCCGCCGGAACCGAGCCUCCGGUGCGCAGCGCCGAGGGGUCGGCACAGCUCGGUGUCAAGGAGGAGCCGGUGAAGGAGGAGCCUGUGGAGGUGAAGACUGAGCCCUUCCACGGUCCCGCUGCUGACGGCAUUCCCGGCCGCGGCGCAGACUGCCGACUGCCCCGCCCCGGCAUCUGCCCGCCCGGCGAGCUGUGCGAGGGCUGGAGCCGGAGCCCCCCGCGCCCCGCACUCUCGGAACGCUCCCUCGGCGACCUGGGCGGGCAGCAGGAGCCGCCGGGCUCCGACUUCCCCAGGCUGCUACUGGAGCAGGAGGCCGAGCAGCUCAGUCGCUGCGGCUCGGGAGAGGCGGGGCCCCCCGGGCCGGCGGGGUUGGACGGGACCCCCGAGUGCCCCCAGCUCAGCCUCGUGCAGUCCAGCGAGCAGCUGGUGCAGGAGAUGCGGGCGUUCCGCCGGGAAUACGCCGAGAGCCGCCGGGAAACCACGGCUGUGCUGCGCGGCAUCGCUCAGGCGCUUGGCGUGCUCAGCCGCAGCCUGGCCGAAAUCCGAGACCUCUACCUCGGGAGCAGGGGGUCCCCAGAUCCUGAGCCCCCCCACGCAGCUGGCUGUGUACACGCAACUCUAUUCCUCCUCCCAGAACCCACCUCGCUGCUUUUAUUUUUUUUUUAAUUAUUUCUUUUCCUCUCCAUCCCACUUCAAUAAAACUUGGAGCUGCAUCCCCACGGCUCCCCCCAACCCGGGCAGCUCAGAGGGUUUUU